AUGGUGACUGGGGGGAAAUCAAUACAGGUAAAGAUUGGUGACUUGGGUAUGGCAGCGAUAGUUGGGAAGAACCAUUCAGCGCAUUCCAUCCUCGGGACACCGGAGUUCAUGGCUCCGGAGUUAUACGAAGAGAAUUACACCGAGCUGGUGGACAUAUACUCAUUUGGCAUGUGUGUGCUUGAGAUGGUGACUCUUGAAUUGCCGUAUAGUGAGUGUGAUAAUGUUGCGAAGAUUUACAAGAAGGUAUCAUCUGGAGUGAGGCCUCAGGCCAUGAACAAGGUCAGGGACCCGGAAGUGAAGGCCUUCAUUGAGAAGUGCCUUGCCCAGCCGAGGGUGAGACCCUCAGCGUCCGACCUCCUAAAAGACCCAUUCUUCAACGGAAUUGAUGAUGACGAAAAUGAUGUUAAUGUUUGCUCAUAG